UGUUCUUGUUCUUUCAAGCGUAUCAACAAUGCACCUAACAAAUUUGAAUUAACCCCUUCUGCCUAUUCGGAAACUUACUCUCACAAAAAUAAUUAUUUCUUGGUGUAGAAAUAACAAAGUCAACAGGAGAAGAAAAAAUAAUCAAACGGUCCACGAUGAGGACGGCUUUACUGAUACUAUGUAUCAAUUUAUUGGUUAUCUUCAUCGAAGCCAAAAAGUUAACACCAGCGGAACGCGCCCUUAAAGCACAACAACAAAACGCUAAAUCCCAUGAGGCGUGGGUAAAUUUAUACAAAAGUCCAAAGAUCAAUAAAACUCCAGAUGAAAUUGAAAAAACUAACAGUCCAGUUGUAGUAUCUCCAGUCGAAAAAGCUAAGGCGCUUCCAGCCGAAAAAGCUAAGGCGCUUCCAGCCGCUGCUCAAAAGCAGAUUGCUGCUAAAACUGGACAACAAGCACCUGCUGCUCCAGUAACAAAGGCUGCUUCUGAAAUAUCUGCACCUAAUGGGGUAGGUCAAAAUACAUCAACCCAAAACACUCUUCCCUUAUCAGCUCCAGUUGCGACACUUGCUAAACCAGUUGUUCCUGUAAACAAAAAAGAGGAAGAACAGAAAAAAGCCAGCUAUGCUAAUAAAUUCAAUAAAAAAGCUAAAGGUGAAUAUGUUUGGCGUGUUGAAUCACAUCCCAAUCAAAAUGUUAACAUCCCUCUUAGUUUUAAAAAACCAAAGACCGAGAAAAAACUUGCAAACGUCUCCAAAAACGUUGAAGAACCAGAGAAUCCAAAAGCUGCAACGCUUCCUGUAAAAGAAAAAAAAAACCAACCAAAGCUCUCAACUAAAUUACCAAAACGAAAAAAGAACAAAAAUGUUAAAGCAACAAAGAAAGAAGAUGUUUCCAUUAAAGCAGCGUCUUCAGCUGAAGUAAACUUAGGAGAUUCUUGUUGUCCUUCUGCAGCUCCUUGUCAUCCUCCAGCUCCUCCACCAUGUCCACCACCACCACCUCCUUGCCCACCACCUUGUCCCCCACCAUGUCCUCCGCCACCACCUCCUCCUCCUCCACCACCACCACCUCCACCACCUCCUCCACCUCCACCAUGUCCACCUCCAUGUCCUCCACCACCACCACCAUGUCCUCCUCCUCCACCUCCUCCUCCACCAUGCCCACCACCACCACCUCCUCCACCACCACCACCUCCUCCAUGCCCUCCACCACCACCACCACCUCCACCAUGUCCACCACCAUGUCCACCUCCAUGUCCACCACCAUGUCCACCUCCUCCUCCACCAUGUCCUCCCCCACCAUGUCCACCCCCACCAUGUCCACCUCCACCCCCACCUUGUCCACCAGCUUGUCCUAUUCCACCCCCUCCAAUGGAAACUACGGAAGUAGAAACACAGAGCGAAACUACAACUGAAACGGGAACGGGAACUAAAACUUCAACUUCUACAGGCGCUGCAACAGAAGCAAACGCUGGUGGAUCAGCUGCAGGUGGCGCAAGGGGAUCUGCCGGAAGCGAAGGCGGAGCUAGAGGUCAAGGCGAAGGACAAUCGUCAGGUCGAGGCGGUAGCUCAUCUGGAUCUGCGGCUGGUUCAAACUCUGGAGCCGGUUCUGAGAGUAGCGGAAAAUCAGGCUCAUCUUCUGAAACUACUACCGAUACUGAGUCUGCAGUAGGAGUAAAAAAAGCAGAAAUUGCUGCUAAAAAGUCUGAUAUCGAUACAACAAAUGAUGCGUCUAAAGAUUACGUAAACGAGAAUGGUACAAAAACAAAAACAAAAAGCAAUGCCAGUUCAACUAGUACCACAACUAUAACAAAAACAGAAUCCUCAAUGGGAUCGGCAAAAAAAAGAGCUUCUGUUUCAAAGAUGGCAAAAAAAAUUUUUAAGAAAAGAAGUAUAUCAAAUGAAAGAUCCACUGUGAUAUGAGCAAACAAGUCCACGAACAAUACAAAAAUCUUGAUAGCCUUGACAAAAGAAUGAGCUCGAUUGAAAAUCAGUACCGACUAUAAAUAUUGAAAAACCUCUAGUGUUUUAUA